AUGGUGAACCAUACAAGAGCAAACAAAUACAUAGGCAACAAUAACGCCACCAACCACAAUGAUGAUGCCAAUAUAAAUAGGAAUGCAGCACCUAGGGUCAACAAUGACAAUCACGCGCCUACAUCCGCUGCCAACUUACCCGAGAAUGUUGGAAAUCAAAUUUUGGAAGAAUUAGGAAGGCUGAGGAAAAUGCGUCAGAAUGAGAGGACACAUCUAUUCUCCGAGUUUCGCAAACAGAGACCACCGAUCUUCAUUGGCGAACCUGAUCCAAAAAUUGCUGAAAACUGGAUCCGGCAAAUUGAAAAGAUGUUCAACACAAUGGGAAUAACUGAACACAUUGAUAGGAUUGAUCUAGUAGUUUACCAACUUGAAGGGGAAGCAGAUCAUUGGUGGGCUCUGAUUCAGGAAUCUAGGGACAUCGCCGCAAUGACGUGGGUGCAGUUUAAGGAGUUAUUUUUGAGGAAGUACUUUCCGAACACGGUCAAACAAGAAAGAAUUCGUGAAUUUCUGAACCUAGAACAAGGCACGAUAACGGUGACCCAAUACGUGGCAAAGUUCGAGGAGUUAGCGUGUUAUGCGACUCGAUAUGUAGAAAACGAUGAAAACAAAGCACGAAAAUUUGAAUGGGGUCUAGACCCUACAAUUCAAGGAACAGUUUUGCCCAUGCGACUUCCCACUUUUGCAGAUGUGGUUGACACAGCACUUGAUUCAGAACGAGAGGUGUCAGAUUCCAAGAGGAUUUGGAGUUUGAGGAAACAAAACAAUCAUUCCAAUGUAGGACCCGAAAGAAAUAGUCGAAGGCAUGCAGCACAGAAGCCGUAUUCUAGGGAACUCCAACAACCCCAACAAUCGCAGCAGCAAAAUCUAAAGGAGACUUUUCAGACAAGGCCAACUGGGUUGAUCCAGUGCUAUCAUUGUCAAUAG